AUGUCUGCUUGGGGUACUGCGGACGAUGCGUGGGGCACCAACGAGCGUGUCCCCGCUGACGAUCCUUGGAAUAAUCCUCAGGGAGAUGAUGGAGAUGAUGACCGUGGCGCCUGCUUCAACUGCGGCCACACUGGCCACAACAAGGCCGAUUGUACUGAGCCCCCCAAGCCUUUCGGUGGCACUUGCAAUACCUGUGGUUUGGAGGGCCACAUGCGCCGAGACUGCCCGGACGCUCCCGCUAUGGUCUGCCGAGUUUGCGGAGAGCCCGGUCAUAUGCGCAAGGACUGCCCCCAGAAGCCUGCUGAGCUUUGCCGUAACUGUCACGAAGAGGGCCACGCUAUUGUCGAUUGCAAGAACCCUCGAAAGAUUGACCUUAGCAUGAUCGAGGAUAUUGAAGCUGAGAAGGCCUGGAAUGAGAUUGUCGAAGCUGCCGCCGAGCGUGAUGGCGUUCUGGCCAAGGAGGCCAUCCAGAAGUACCUCAAGCACUACCCCAAGAUGACCUACGUCGAUCUUGAAGAUGCUUUCCGUUGCCAGCAGAUUGGUGUCUACCUCAUUGCUACCGAGCGUGCUCUCGCUCCUACUCACACCAACAUGGAUCUCCACGGAAAUCUAGAGAAGAGAUACACCGUUCAGUGGCGCUUCUCUCCUAAACCUGAGCGCGCGCGUGAGAAGGCAACUUGGCCACCUACCCCCGAGGAGAACCGUGAACGUCUCCACGAUGCUGGCGAGCCGGUCUCUCGUCUCAUGCCGAAGUGCAACAACUGCGAUGAGAUUGGCCACACCGCCAAGGCCUGCACUCAGGAGGCCAAUGAGAAGGCUCGUGUCACCAUCACUUGCUUCAACUGUGGUCAGGAGGGCCAUCGAGUUCGUGACUGUCCUACUCCUCGUGUUGACAAGUUCGCUUGCAAGAACUGCGGCCAAUCCGGCCACAAGGUUGCCGACUGUACUGAGCCCCGCAGUGCCGAAGGUGUUGAAUGCAACAAGUGUCAUGAGACGGGCCAUUUCUCCCGUGACUGCCCCAACGGUGGUGGUGGUCGUGCUUGCCAUAACUGCGGCCAAGAGGGUCAUAUUUCCAAGGAGUGCACCGAGCCUCGCAAGAUCAAGUGCCGUAACUGUGACGAAGAGGGCCACACUUCUCGUGAUUGUGAGAAGCCUGUUGACCCCACGCGCAUCAAGUGCAUGAACUGUGGGGAGAUGGGCCACAAGAAGUAUAAGUGCCCUAACGCCCCCAAGGAAGAAGAAGUUGACGACUUUGGUGCUUCCAAUGAUGGUGCCGUUGCCGAUACUGGUGACGCCUGGGGUACCGGCGGCAAUGACUCCACUAAGGAGGUUGGCGGCUGGUAA